GCCAGUAUAGGAAAACGCCGACCCCGCACCACACAAAGAUUAUACGCGAAUUAUUCCACGUUGAAUUCACCUUUUUCCGAGAAUGACUUCAGCGAAAAGGCAGAUUUACUAUUCCGACAAAUAUACGGACGAGGAAUAUGAAUACAGACACGUUAUGCUUCCCAAACAGCUUUCCAAACUGGUGCCUUCCUCCCAUCUAAUGUCAGAAGAGGAAUGGAGAGGACUGGGAGUCCAGCAAAGUCAGGGUUGGAUCCAUUACAUGAUGCACAAACCAGAGCCUCACAUUCUGCUAUUCCGAAGACCACUUCCCAAAGAAUGAGAGGAAUUUGGAAUAUUAUCAUCGAAAGUUAAAAUAUGUGGUCGUCCCAGGCCAUGCUCACAUUUCUUUCCAUACAUUGUGAUUUGUAUUUAAGUUGUAUUAUUUGCAGAUCUAUGGUGAUGAAAUGGUACUUCUCCUCCCCUAUCCCAUUAAAUUUGGAGGUAUGAUGGCAGCAGGAGCUUGAAGGAACAGGCUGCCGCCUCCAAAUCUGUUCAGAAGUGUUUUCUUUAAACCUACACUGAAGUCAUGUAAAAUAAGUCGGAUGGUGUUACAGAUCUAGUAAAUGGCCCUGUUAAUGGAAGGAAUCUCUUUUUUUUGUUUGUUUUUUGUGCGCACUACAAUCCUUUCCCUUACGCAAGUGCUGUAGUUAACAUGUCAAUGCUUGUUUG